AUGAAGAUCACCACUGCUCUUGCGCUGAGCGCAACGGCAUCAGGCGUGUUGGGAGCUGUGCUUCCCCAGCAAGAACCAUUGAUUGAUCAUACAGUUCAUGUCCAUCAUGAACCAGAGAAAUUCCUCAUCGAGCUGGCCCCGUAUCAGACCAGAUGGGUAACCGAAGAGGAGAAAUGGGUUCUCAAGCUGGACGGCGUCAACUUCAUCGAUGUCACCAACGCGCGCAACACAGGAACAUACCCCUCCGUCAUCCGCACAACCAACACAGUCCGUUACCCCGGGAAGAUGGAACACCGCGACAACGUCACCCAGCUAGCCCGGGGUCUCUCGAAGCAGAACAUGAAGCAGAACCUGGAGCACUUCACAUCCUACCACACGCGCUACUACAAGUCGUCGAUGGGUGUGGAGUCCGCGACAUGGUUGUACGAGCAGGUCGCCAGCCUCGUCACGCAGUCCGGGGCCGACAAGCACGGCGCUACGGUGGCGCAAUUCACCCAUCCCUGGGGCCAGUCUAGUGUUAUUGCGAGGAUUCCUGGUCGCAGUGAGAAGACGGUCGUCGUCAGCGCUCACCAGGAUAGCAUUAACUUGUUCUUGCCGUCGAUUUUGGCUGCGCCGGGUGCGGAUGAUGAUGGGAGUGGGACGGUAACGAUUUUGGAGACUCUGCGUGCGCUGCUGCAGUCUGACGAUAUUGUGGGUGGUAAGGCGCCUAAUACGGUCGAGUUUCACUGGUAUUCGGGUGAGGAGGGGGGCUUGCUGGGCUCCCAGGAGGUUUGGGCGCAGUACAGACAGGACCGCAGGGAUGUCAAGGCUAUGCUACAACAGGACAUGACUGGUUACGUUCAGGGAACGUUGGAUGCUGGUCGCGAGGAGGCCAUUGGUGUUAUUGUGGACUUUGUCGACCAGGAUCUUACGAAGUUCAUCAAGGAAGUUAUCACUACGUACUGUGAGAUCCCCUUCGUCGAGACCAAGUGCGGUUACGCCUGCUCCGACCAUGCCUCCGCUAGCAGACAGGGAUAUGCCGCUGCGAUGGCCAUCGAGGGUGAAAUGGAGAACACUAACAAGAAAAUCCACACGACCGAUGACCAGAUCAAGUAUCUGAGCUUCGAUCACAUGCGCCAACAUGCCACAAUGGCAUUGGGCUUUGUCUAUGAAACGACUAUCAUGGACUACUCCGGACCCUACGCCAAAGAACUCGAGCUCGCUUGUCUAACCGUGCAACGGGCGACUCUCUUGACGAAAAAGCUCCUCGAGGCAGUCGACAAGGGAACGCUGGGUAAAAGCGAUGAUAGUCCCGUGACAAUUGCCGACUUCGCUGCUCAAGCAUUGAUCAUUGGCGCAAUCCACAAUGCUUUUCCUGAUGAUGAAUUCGUUGGCGAGGAAGACUCAACGGCUCUGAGACAGGAUGAGACUCUUCUCGAGCGCACCUGGGAACUUGCUUCGACAUCCCGUCUUGACGAUGAGGCCAGUGAGAGCUUACUCUAUGCUCCGCAAUCCAGGGAGGAGAUGCUAGAGAUUAUUGACCGGGGAGCUAGGGGGCAGUGUACCCCUCGCAGCCGCGCGUGGGUUCUGGAUCCCGUGGAUGGGACUGCGACGUUUAUGAAGAACCAGCAGUACGCGGUAUGUCUGUCGCUGGUGGAGAACGGGCAGCAGAAGAUGGGUGUUCUGGGCGGUCCGAACCUAAAUCUCGAAGACGGGCGGAUUCAAGAAGAAGUCAUUGAUCAGGAUGGCUACGGCCACCAGGUCCUCGCUGUUGCGGGCGAGGGCGCAUGGAUCCGGAAGAUGAACACGGGUUCCCUCCUCCCCGCAACCAAGCUCGAUCCCGUGGCACAGAUCACGGACCCGAGUGAGAUCCAGUUCGUCGAUUGCUCAGCGGCUACAUCGUCCAAUUUUGAACUUCACGCGCGCGUUGCGAAGAGACUAGGUGCCCCGUGGCCACCACGCGCUGACCUCUGGGCCGCGCAGCUGCGCUAUGUAGCGAUUGCCAUUGGCGGGUGUCAUGUGCUGAUGAAGGUCCCUCGCAAGACAUCCUAUCGAUCGAAGAUCUGGGAUCAUUCUGGGGGAAUGUUGAUUGCGCAGGAACUUGGGGUUAUGGUUACGGAUCUUACGGGGAGCCCGGUGGAUUGUAGUUUAGGGCGGACGCUGGCGGGGUGUUAUGGGAUGGUUGUUGCGCCUGCUUCUAUUCAUGGACGGAUUGUUGAGGCUAUUCGGGAGACUAUGGAGGAGUCGGAUGAUGAUGAGUAA